AUGUCCGACACUAUCAAGAACGUCGCCGUCGUCGGGGUGCUCUCAUCAAAGGGAUCAGGAAACCUAGGAACAGCGGUCGUCCAGGAACUGACCAAAGCGGGCUUCAACGUGACGGUCUUGACGCGCAAGGGCUCUCCAUCCACUCUGCCGCCGGGCGUGGCCUCUAGAGAGGUAGACUACGAGUCGGUCGAUUCCUUGACACCAGCUCUCCAAGGUCAGCACGCAGUCGUGUCGACCAUCGCCACCGCUGCAGUCAGAGGACAGCACCCACUGGUAGAUGCUGCCGUGGCUGGAAAGGUGUCCCGGUUCAUUCCCUCCGAGUUCGGUAUCAACUCGAGGAUCUUGGGCACUUCGGCAAUUGGGAAGAUCCUACAGGGCAAGGUACAGACGCUGGACUAUAUCAACCAAAAAUCCAAGGAGAACCCAUCGUUCACAUGGACAGGCAUCUCAACUGGGCUCUUCUUCGACUGGGUAAGCAUCCAUGGGCUCGAGCAUGGGUCUCUCGGUCUCGACAAGAGCACAAAGACAGCGACCAUCUACGACUCCGGAAGCGAGGCUGUUCAGACUUCCAACCUCGGCUUCAUUGGCAGAGCUAUCGCGGCCAUCCUGUCCGACCCGAGCAAGACCGUCAACAGAUACAUCACAAUUGCCUCCUUCAACCCAUCCCAGGCCGAGCUCCUGGAGAUUGUGGAGAGAGAGACGGGCGAGAAAUGGAAUGUCAACCACGUCACCACGGCGGAACAGGAGAAGUUCGGGCUUGAGAAGCUGGGCAGGGGGGAUUACAGUGCAUUCUCGAACCUGCUGCGAAAGCGUAUUUACGAGGACGGUGCUGGGUUGGCCGUGAAAGGGGCAGAUAGUGCGAAUUCUCUGCUGGGCCUCGAAGAUGAAGAGGACCUGGAAGCUGCUGUGAAGGCGUGGCUCGGCGGGUAG